CAUAUGCUAUCACAUUCUGUCUUCCUCCCAUCCCUUGUUUCAAUUCGCAUGUAUGGUUUGACUGUGUGUGAAAGAAUUUGUGUGGUGUGUUCUGGAGUUUGGGAAUGUGUUUUGUGUUAUUCUGUUUGAGCAGGUAUUUGCGAUGAUAGAUCUUGAGAAGAUCUUUCCGACGCAACAAGAAUCGCUUCAAUCGGAGCAAGAACGCGAAAGCUAUGAAGAUUCAAAGUUCAUGAGCUUGCGUUACAAUUGCGGCGGUUACAAAGUGAAGUUGUGGGGUGACUCUAUAUGGAGUUGGGACCUUUGGGGUUGGGGAAAUUUGUCACUCUACUGUAACAGGUGCAAAUUGGUUGGGAACAACCAAGCUAGGUUGGCAAGGGUGGCCAACUUGGAUGGAUUGGUUGGGAAGGGACAAAGGUCAAAGUUGAGGUUCCUAUAGGGAGGGAAUCUUUGUGCUUAUGGGGUUUCCUUGGUUGGGGACUCUCUUGGGACCUUCCCUCUCGUCCCUCUCUUUCUAUCCCAACCUUUCUCUUGCUCCUCUAAUUCCUUGUGAGAUUCUUGAACUUUGAUUGAACCUUUGAGAUUGAGUUAACAAGAUCAAUGGACACCUGAGUGGCUAAGGCAGCAGAUUCUGCAGGAGGACUUCCGCAGACGCCAUGUGGGAGGCGGUGCUGCCACUAAGACUGCUGAGGGGUAUGGAGCUGCAGGGCGCAGCAGAGGAAGAGGGGGUUGGAGAGGCCGAGGCCGUGGGAGGAGCUUUGGCAGAGGUAGAGGCCGAGGUGACUAUAAUGAGGGGCAUGGAAGCUCCAGUGGCAGGGGGAGUACCAGAAUGGAGGGCACCUGCUGGUACUGCAAGAAGCUUCAACUCAGUGAAAGCGGAUGGCACCAGCAUUGUGGGUUAUGUGUGCUUGCUAGGAGGUGGUGCUGUGAGCUGGCGCAGCAAGAAGCAGAAUGAGGUGGGAUUGUCCUCAUAUGUUGGUAUGGUGGAUGAUGGUUGGCAGCCAGAGGGGGAGAUUGUUGUGUGAUGUUAUCAUAUGCUAUCACAUUCUGUCUUCCUCCCAUCCCUUGUUUCAAUUCGCAUGUAUGGUUUGACUGUGUGUGAAAGAAUUUGUGUGGUGUGUUCUGGAGUUUGGGAAUGUGUUUUGUGUUAUUCUGUUUGAGCAGGUAUUUGCGAUGAUAGAUCUUGAGAAGAUCUUUCCGACGCAACAAGAAUCGCUUCAAUCGGAGCAAGAACGCGAAAGCUAUGAAGAUUCAAAGUUCAUGAGCUUGCGUUACAAUUGCGGCGGUUACAAAGUGAAGUUGUGGGGUGACUCUAUAUGGAGUUGGGACCUUUGGGGUUGGGGAAAUUUGUCACUCUACUGUAACAGGUGCAAAUUGGUUGGGAACAACCAAGCUAGGUUGGCAAGGGUGGCCAACUUGGAUGGAUUGGUUGGGAAGGGACAAAGGUCAAAGUUGAGGUUCCUAUAGGGAGGGAAUCUUUGUGCUUAUGGGGUUUCCUUGGUUGGGGACUCUCUUGGGACCUUCCCUCUCGUCCCUCUCUUUCUAUCCCAACCUUUCUCUUGCUCCUCUAAUUCCUUGUGAGAUUCUUGAACUUUGAUUGAACCUUUGAGAUUGAGUUAAGUUCUC